AUAAACCCUAACAAUUCCAAAUCCCCAAUUCCCAAUUCAGAGAACACCCUUCAGAAAGAAAUUAUCAGAAUUAGAAGAUGAAAGUGAAACCAGUAAAACUAAGAGAAGCGCACAAAAACACCAAUAAUGGCAAACCUUCAAUUUGCUCGGUUUUGUGGGACAACAAAUCAACCCAUAUUGCCACUUCUUCUUCAUCAGAUUCGUCCAUUUUUAUUUAUGAAUCUCUACUUCUUUCCACGCCUUUGAAGAAUCUCCGUUACCAUCAAGAUGGUGUCACCGCCUUGGCUCUCAGUCCUAACUCUACUUGCCUCGCUUCCGGAUCUAUUGAUCGUACCGUCAAACUCUACAAAUUCCCAAGUGGUGAGUUCCAAAACAAUAUUACCAGAUUCACGUUGCCAAUUCGCACCCUUGCUUUUAACAAAUCCGGAAGCUUGUUAGCAGCAGCUGGUGAUGAUGAAGGCAUUAAGCUCAUCAAUACUAUUGAUGCUACUAUCGCGAGAGUUCUUAAAGGACACAAGGGAUCUGUCACUAGCUUGGCUUUUGAUCCAAAAAAUGAGUACCUUGCUUCUCUUGAUACUAAGGGGACUGUGAUAUUCUGGGAGCUGCUAACAGGAAACAUGUUACAUACUUUAAAAGGAGUGGCCCCUGAUACAACUUCAGAUGUGUCCAUUAUGAAUGUACUUUGCUGGAGUCCUGAUGGUGAAAUAUUAUCUGUUCCAGGUCUGAAAAAUGAUGUGGUAAUGUAUGACAGAGAUACUGCUGAAAAGCUAGGUUCACUGAGAGGUGAGCAUGUCAAACCUAUUUGUUUCUUGUCUUGGUCACCUAAUGGAAAGUAUAUGGCUACAUCUGGUUUAGAUAACCAAGUUCUAAUAUGGGAUUUUGGCAAGAAACAAGACAUUGAUCGACAAAAGUUUGAUGACAGAAUAUGUCAUAUGGCAUGGAAACCAACUGGUAAUGCACUAGCUGUUAUUGAUGUAAUGGGAAAGUAUGGUGUUUGGGAAUCUGUAAUUCCUUCAUCAAUGAAGUCUCCAACAGAAGAUGUUCCCAGUAUACAGUCAAAUUGCAGCAAUGGACUUCUCUUAUUUGAUGAGGACGAACAAGAGCCAAGUAUCUCUGCUAGUUUAAGUGAUUUGGGGGAAGACAGUAUUGGAGAAUCAGUGCCUCAAAGUCGAAAAAGAUUGCGGAAGUCAUCUUCGUUUGAAGAAAAUUUGGAAGACAACAUUUAUGAGGAUUUGAAUGUAGCUCCAAGGUUUGAAUCGCAUAAACGGCCUGCUAAGGUUCACAAGGAUGGUUUGCAUGGAGGAGACGGGAAGCCUAAAGGCGCGAUCAUACAUAAUAGUUCAAAAAUGCAAGAGCCAUUUCAGCCUGGUGCAACUCCUGUGCUGCCUGGAACUAAGUGUUUUCUAUGCUACAAUAUGCUUGGAAGCGUAACCACUAUGCAGCACGAUGGAUAUUCACACAUUGAGGUUGAUUUUCAUGACACAAGUCAAGGUCCAAGAGUUCCAGCAAUGACUGAUUAUUUUGGUUUUACAAUGGCUUCCCUAAAUGAGAAUGGAAGUGUUCUUGCAAAUCGACAGAUGGGUGAGAAGAAUACGAGCACUCUCAUGUAUCGACCAUUUAGCUGCUGGGCAAAUAACAGUGAGUGGUCUAUGCGGUUUGAAAACGAAGAAGUGAAAGCUGUGGCUCUUGGUACUGGAUGGGUGGCCGCAGUAACUAGUGCUCAAUUUCUCCGCAUCUUCACUGCGGGUGGUUUGCAGAGACAUAUUCUCUCCCUUGAUGGACCAGUUGUCACUGCAGCAGGCUUCAAAGAUGAACUUGCAGUUGUUAUUCAUUCUUCACAACCUCUUUCUUCUAAUGAUCAGAUGUUAGAUUUCAAAGUGUUCAACAUUCGACAUGGAACUCAACCCCUGAAAGGACGCCUGCCCUUGUCACCCGGUUCAUCAUUAGAAUGGUUUGGGUUCAGUGAGGAAGGCCGAUUAGCUUCUUAUGAUUCUAAGGGCAUGCUAAGGGUUUACUCAGAUCAGUUUGGUGGGAGUUGGCUUCCUCUAUUUAGUGCCAGCAAAGUAAAGAAACCAGAUGAAAACUACUGGGUGGUUGGUUUAAAUGCUGAGAAGUUGUUUUGCAUUGUAUGCAAGUCUCCUGAUUUAUAUCCCAAGGUGUCAUCCAAACCAGUCCUCUCACUUCUCGAUCUUUCAUUUCCUCUUGCAUCUUCUGAUCUCGGAGCAGAAAAUCUCGAAAAAGAAUUCAUCUUCAGGAACACUCGCCUUUCACAGAUUCAUAAAACAAUGGAUGAAACAGAAGCUGCUGGUAUGGAUUGCACUACACUCGACGAUGAAGCUUUUGAUAUGGAAACAGCACUCGAUAGGUGCAUCUUGAGGCUUAUUGCAUCGUGCUGCAAUGGUGAUAAGCUAGUAAGAGCUACAGAACUUGUCAAACUUCUAUCAAUGGAAAAGUCAGUAAGAGGAGCCAUAAAACUAGCUAGUACUUUGAAGCUACCGAACUUAGCAGAAAGGUUCAGCAGCAUUUUGGAGGAACAAUUUCUCAAUGACACAACCAAGAACACAGUGCAGUCUCAUCCUAACUCGGUUCCUGCUACGUCUACAAAAGUCGACACCAUCGACAAGUCUUUCAUAUCUCCAAACACCUUAACUGAAAAGUCCAUCAGCAGAAAUAAAACAUUGAGCAAUAACUUAAGUUCAAGCCUAACCAACGAGCCAUCGGAACCUAUCACUCCUUCACCCACCCCGAAAUUUACAGCCCCCAUCUUCCCUAAGAAAAAGCUUCAAGGAAGCAACUUUCAUAAGGAGAAAACAGAACCCAACAAGCUGGUUGCAGUUAAUGAUAGUUCAAUGAAGCAAAAUGAUGGUACAUAUUUAACAAAAGAAGUAAAAUUUUUAGGUGCUUCUAAUCCAUUUGCUAAAUCAGCAAAACUAUCAACUGUUCCUGAGAAAUCCUCAUUACUGGAUUCCAUCAAGAAGAUGAAGACACUCACCUAAAUGCAGCAACUUUUCUUUUGUGUUGGAUAAAUUCUAAAAUGUAUCUAAUUCAAUUCUUAUUAUAGCUUCGCUUGUGAGUGUUGGUUGCUCAUUGUGGGUCCCAAUUCUCAAUAAAGGAGGAGAGUAAGUGGUAUGUUUGUGACAACCAAUUUAGUAAAAUUAGUCAUAUACUAAGAUCAUGAAACGAAAAAUCAAUUUUCUAGCAGAUUUAUAUCUUUUAGAAUUAAUAUUUUGAUAUUAUUGUUUUAGAUGAUUUU